AUGCCUCUCCCCCAAUUACUUGUUGGCAAGGUGGCCGCCAUCACCGGUGGUCUAACUGGCAUUGGACGGGCAAUCGCCCUCGACUACAUUCGGCAUGGCGCCAAUGUCGCAAUCAGCCACCUAGGCGGAUCAAAGGAAGACGAGCUGCUAGAAGCUUUGAAGAAAGACGUGAACGAGAUCGAAGCAGGCGCCGCUGAGAACCGAUUCAUCACAGUUUCGGGCGACAUCUCCCAGCCCGAAACAGGCAAAAAUUUUGUCGCGAAGACCGUGGAGGCAUUCGGACGUCUAGACGUGUUCGUGAGCAAUGCCGGCGUAUGCCAGUUCGCGGACUUCCUUGAACUUGAGCCAUCCCUCCUUAACCACACUGUUUCCACCAACCUCUCCGGUGCCUUCUUUGCCACGCAAGCCGCAGCCCGACAGAUGGCUUUGGUCCAAUCUCCACCCGGUGGUUCCAUUAUCGGUAUUAGCUCCAUUUCUGCGCUUGUUGGUGGUGGUGAACAGACACACUAUACACCAACUAAGGCAGGUAUUUUGAGUUUAAUGCAAUCAUGCGCUGUGGCAUUGGGCAAAUAUGGCAUUCGUUGCAAUGCUUUGCUACCAGGAACUAUUCGUACACAGCUUAAUGAUGCCGAUAUGGCUGAUCCGGUGAAGAAAAAGUAUAUGGAAGGGCGCAUUCCGCUUGGCAGACUUGGUCAGCCUCCGGAUUUGGCUGGACCCGCGGUGUUCUUGGCCUGUGAGGAGUUGAGUAGUUAUGUGACUGGUGCGCAACUUCUGGUCGACGGUGGACUAUUUGUUAAUCUACAGUAA